ACAAUUGUCUUUAUUUUUCAAAUGACAAAAUAACCACAUAUAAGCCAUUCAGGCAGAUGUGAACAACUCUAAAAACACAAAUUCUGCCUUUCAUAUCUGAAGAGUCAGAUAACAUUGAACAAACUGUUUGAAAUACUUUACAUUUUUACACUUUACUUUACACGAUUGUGAGUGAUGUGAGUCACCCCGCUCACUCUUUGUUUGAUCUUCUGCCCUCCGGGAAGAGGUAUAGGAGCCUGCGCUCCCGCACCACCAGACUCACCAACAGCUUCGAUCUCCAGGCUGUUAAGAUCCUGAACUCUCUCUCUCUCCCCCCUUCUGCGUAGCGUCCUGUACUUUUGCGCUAUGCUUACUGUCUGCUGUAUGCACACUGGCUCCGUUUUGCUACUCUUAUUUAUUGUGUUAUUUGUUUAUUUAUUAUUUAUUCAUCACUCUUAUUAUUUAUUGUUCGUGCCUUCUUGUUUUUGUUUUAUGUCGUUUACUUGUAUGUCUAUUAUGUACUAUGUCUCGUCACCGUGGGAUAGAGGAAACGUAAUUUCGGUUUCUUUGUGUGUCAUGUGAAGAGGUUGACAAUAAAGCAGACUUUGACUUUUAUUAUGUGUCUCGUCAGAUUUAAAAGAUGCAAUGCCUGGCAGACGGGGGGGGGGGGAAAAGCAGUUAACAUCUUUGCUUUUGGGCCACUCGAAUAUUUGGAGGAACUUCACUCAGCGGAGCAACGAAGACAAUUCCCCACACAUGUGUGAAAAUGUCUGCAAGGACCACAGCAAAGUACGUGGAGGGAAAGGACCGUACGCGUCGACGACAGGAACAUCUUUGCUUGCAGCCGAAUGUUGUGUUGCGCACGGCAGACAUCAGUGAAACUAUUUGUCCUAAGCAGCAGGAGCCAGAGCGCACGUGCGUUAAAGAGGAAGCUGUGCGCAAAGAGGUCCACCACGUGAAUGAAGAAAUGGUGCAGAAGUUUCUUUGCACCAUAAAAGAGGAGGAAGAGCCGGAGCGACUUUGUAUUAAAAAGGAGGGAGAAGACUCCUGUGACAUUAAAGAAGAGGAGGAGGAUAUCUUCGAGAUGCUAUCGGCUGGUGUUCCUGUGAAGAGUUUAGAUGAGGGUCAACAUGAGGUGAGCAAAGGCGUGGAGUCUCCAAGCUGCAGCUCAAGUCAACAAAUGACUCGAGAAGAUGAUGGAGACCACUGUGGAGGAUCACAAGCAGCUCAGCCAUUAGAUAGUGAUGAUGUGACGAAAAACUUUUCCUGCUCAGAUUGUGGCCAAAGAUUUGCUCAGAGGGGACAUUUAAAAAGGCACACAAGAAUCCACACUGGCGAGAAACCUUUUUCAUGCUCAAUUUGUGGCAAAACAUUCAGUGACAAGGAAACCUUAAAACGUCACACAAGAGUCCACACUGGAGAGAAACCUUUUUCAUGCUCAGAUUGUGGCCAGCGAUUCCGUUAUAGGGCAGGCUUAAAAUAUCAUACAAGAAUCCACACUGGCGAGAAACCUUUUUCGUGCUCAGUUUGUGGCCAAAAAUUUGCUUCAAGUGGAAGUUUAAAAAGUCACACGAGAACCCACACUGGCGAGAAACCUUUUUCGUGCUCAGUUUGUGGCCAAAAAUUUGCUCGGAAGGAACCUUUAAAAAGUCACACAAGAACCCACACUGGCGAGAAACCUUUUUCGUGCUCAGUUUGUGGCCAAAGAUUCUCUGAGAGGAGACAUUUCAAAAGGCACACAAGAAUCCACACCUAACCCUGUUGCCUGCUCAGUCACUUGUCAAAGAGUCUCUAUUGAGAAUUCUGAGUGUCUCUGGGAGAUGAGCAAUGAUGCAUGAAGUUCUCACCUUCUAUUUGAGCAGACUUUGAGUUUAUGCAUCAGUGAUAAUUCUAUUCUAGUAUGUAGCUUUUGAUUGAGAUGCAGAACUCUUUUCCUUUACUACAGUGAGAAGUUCAUAUUUUAGUUUUAGUAAUGCAUUUGAAAAUAUAGUUAACCAGCCUCGGGAUGCGAAUUGUUCUGUAUUUGUCAUUAUAAUUGAUGUUUCUUUUGGUUGUGGUUUUUAACCGCAAUUUGUUCAAUUCAUAUUCAGGACAAGUUGCUGUUUUUUUUAAUUCUUCAGCCUUUCAUAUUCAUGUGGAGCAAUA